AUGGCGUCUUCUUCGAAUACUCUGGCGAUAUCUCCAAGAAAGCUCCGGUCAGACCUUUAUUCAUACUCAUACCAAGACGGUUCGAGCACACCACUCGUGAUCUCUGUUCUCUCGUCUCUCAUUGAGCGGACGUUAGCUCGGAACGAGAGGAUCAGCCGGAGCUACGGUGGUUUUGGUAAGACACGUGUCUUCGAUUGCCUUGAGAUCCCUGACAUGACGAUCCAGUCGUAUUUAGAGAGGAUUUUCCGGUAUACCAAAGCCGGUCCAUCGGUUUACGUCGUGGCUUAUGUCUACAUUGACCGGUUCUGUCAGAAUAAUCAAGGUUUUAGAAUCAGUCUCACUAAUGUACAUCGUCUCCUCAUCACAACCAUCAUGGUCGCUUCCAAAUACGUUGAAGACAUGAACUACAGAAACUCGUACUUUGCUAAAGUGGGAGGAUUAGAGACAGAAGAUUUGAACAACUUGGAACUGGAGUUCUUGUUCUUGAUGGGUUUUAAGUUGCAUGUGAAUGUGAGUGUGUUCGAGAGUUACUGUUGUCAUCUUGAGAGAGAAGUAAGUAUAGGAGGAGGUUAUCAGAUCGAGAAGGCAUUACGUUGCGCUGAGGAAAUUAAAUCCAGACAAAUUGUUCAAGAUCCUAAACACCAUAAUCAGUUUUCAAGAAUCUUGUUGUAG